AUCUUGGCUGAAUUAUCGAAGGCUCUUUGGUUACAACAACAAUAGUGUGUCGGGGAAGGCUAGUAUCCAACGAUGGAUGCCGACGAUGAACCGAUCGUCAGUGGCGAUCCGACAGAGGUUCCGAACCAGAACCCUGAAGCGUAUUGCCGAUUUUGCUUUUCGGGAAUAGACGUUCAGUCAGUGUUUUCGGAUGAAAACAGCACAAAGACUGAUCUGCUGGCCCGUUUAUCCGAGUGCAUAGGAUUAACCUUGACCCGAAAUGCCGACUAUCCGAGCAGUAUCUGCUCCAUGUGCUCGCUUAUGUUGGGGGAAUUUCAGUGCUUUCGGAAUCGCUGCCUCAAAUACGACGCAGUCGUUCGUCGAUGCAGGCAGGAUUCGAAGCCCGUGAUAGAGCUGUUAUCCCCCAAGUUGGAUAGUUCUGUCGCUCGGAAUGGUAGCAAUCAUGCGGAAACCUAUGCGCCAUUAAACGAUCUCCUGUUCGAUUGCCAAUACUGUCCGCGGCAGUUUAAGCGGAAAAAGUACCUUAAUCAGCACCUCACAUCACAUCGGCGUUUACAGCAAAUCACCGACGUACAGCAAGCAAACUGCCGCUCCGCGACGAAUGGAGCGCCUUCAGACGAGGCCCCCGAUCGACUGUCGUUCAAUGGAGCAAAGGAUUCUGCAUCCGGAGAACGCAACAUAAGCUGUGAAUACUGUCCGCGCAAGUUUACGCGCAACAUGUACUACAUCCAGCACUUGAAGACGCAUGAACCGGACAGCGAGCGGAAGGAAAAACCAUUCCAAUGCCUCCACUGUCCGCGUUCCUUCAGUACGCGAGUACGACGAACGCUACACGAAAAACGAGAGCAUCCAAAGAGAACCAUCAAGAACAAGAAUGAACCGAGUGCGUUCGUUUGUCCCGAAUGCUCCAAAUCUUUCAAGUAUCGUUACUCCCUUCGUAUGCAUCUACUUAACCAUCGUGGCCAGCUUCCAUUCGUGUGCGACGUUUGUAGUAGCGGUUUUUACAAUGUCAACUAUCUGACUGCGCACAAAGCACGCUAUCAUGGACCGAAUGCCGUCGAGGUGGCGCUCAAUGAAAGGGUUUCUUGUCGAUAUUGUCCACGAACUUUUUUGCGGAAGUGUGAUCGCACGUGCCACAUGAAGCAAAUGCAUCCAAACUACCCUCCCGAAUACGACGGUGCUAAUGACGAGAAUGAUGUACCAGGAUUACUAGAAGACUGCCCACCGGCUGACAGCGAGGGAUUGACCGACCCGGAACUACUGCCACCGAAUGUACACGAACCCAUGAUGGUGAUAAAAGAGGAGGAACCAUGCACGGAAUUAACUUCAGAGCGAAGUGGUCAAAGCGGCUCAGUUAAACAAAACCCCACACUUUACUGUGAGUCGUGUGCAAUGGGGUUUGAUACGGAGGAUAUGUACGCGGAGCACAUGGAUGAUCAACACACUUUUCCUGACCAGGGUUCAGUGAAGCCUCCUGCCUCUCAAAUACAGCACCCAAUGAUGCAUCACAAACGAGCGCAAAAACUAUACUGCCAGUACUGUUCGGCCUGUUUCAGUCGAGUCGGCUAUUUGAACGCUCAUAUGCUGCGGGUGCAUCCGCAAGAAUACCAAAGCGUUAUGGGUGCUCACAAGUGCCGAUUUUGUCCGCGGCAAUUCAACAAGGGACGGUAUCGAAAGGUGCAUGAACGCAUGACCCACUUGAAGCGGGGUGAGGUAUUACCGGAAGGAACCAAGUCGGAAAGUGAUGUGGACACAGAUGCCGGGACCGGUGCAACAAACUUUGAAAUGUCGGGCGCAUCGAACGACGCCAUCAGCAAUGAUGCUUUGAUUGACGAGCUUUGCCCCGCACGGCUUGUGGUAGUUUUGGAAAGGUUGCCAGAGAAAGUGCUUGCAUCCUACCAAUGGCAAUUGGAUGAGUACUAUCAAACGACACCUGAGGUGGCCCAUGAUACGGAGCAAUUUAUUGAAGUCGUGCCAAAGGAAGAAGAAAACAGUACGUCGAAUCCGCCGAACGAGACUGACGGUGACUUGGCCGUAACACAACGCACCAAACUUGGCAUUAAACUGCAUCCUUGCGGCAACUGCUCCAAAGUAUUUAAAACGCGACAGGCCCUGCGAAAGCACUCGAUGUACCACAGCGGAGAGCUUCCGUUUCGGUGCGACGAAUGUGGAGUGCAGUUUAUGCGUCCGGGACAGCUCUCCUUCCAUAAGGCUCGGUACCAUGGUGUCAGCGCACCGACGAUAGUAAAUCGCUAUAGCUGUGAUUAUUGCCCAAGGAUCUUUCUGCGUAAGCAAGAUCUUGCCAGCCAUUACUUCAUGGUUCACAGGCGCGAUCGGGCUGCGGAAGUAUUCGUUAAUGACGGCGUAUCACCCGCAUUGGAACAGCGUAAAAAAAGUAAACGGAAGGAGUACUGGUGCCAGAUUUGCGCCAUCUCUUUCGAGCGGCACAGCAAAUGUGAGCGCCAUAUUCUCCAAGCACACGUCCGCGACAGCAGCGUUGGUGCCGGAAACCAGACCAUGAAACCGGUUAAACUUUGUCGCUGUAAUAUUUGUACGGCGAUUUGGAAGAAGCGUGAGGACUGGCUCGAACAUCUACGAGAGCAUGCAAAUAUUAAACCUCAUCACUGCGAGCAGUGUUUGAAGCGACGAAAAAAGUUUAUCCGGAAGAAAAUGCACAAGUGUACGUACUGUCCGAAAGUUUUCAUUCACAGUACCACUCUGAAGUCACAUCUUCGCAUCCACACGCAGCAGUUACGCUUCCCUUGCAACGAGUGCGGUGUUAUGUACGACCGGUACCGUUAUUUGGCAAUGCACAAGCUUCGCUACCAUUCGGAGGAUGCGUCCGCGGCGCCCCAGGCAGGAUUGCAUAAGUGUGCUUACUGUCCACGAAUGUUUACACGCUUGCGCGAUGUUAACUUUCAUCAGGUUUCGGUACACGCAGAUCAAUCCACCCAGGCCAUACAGGAGCUGGAAGGAGAACAGAACAGAGAACCAACAGCAGAGGAACAGGACCUGUUCUCCCACGAGUUUGGUAGUCUUUCGGAGAUGCUACUGAACAGCAAUUAUAACGAUUUGGCAAAUAAGGCAAACGUCAAGCAAGAGUUUCCUUCCAGUUGAGCCACAGAAGACUUAUGAGUUUAUCAUGCAUAGAAAGAUUUCUUUUAGAUCUAAUUUUCAAUACGUAAUUAUUGUUAAUAAUGUA